AUGCAAAUUUUAAGGUACUAUUAUGGAAAAUUCACACAUCAUAAUCUUUUGCAUUCUACAGGUUUCAUAAAGGAGAAGAUAAAGAUAAAUUUUGUGAGAUCUUCUCGAGUGGUGAGGGUUACAGGAGAACGAACACUGGGAGGCAACAGAAUAAGCAACUUCGAGCAAACAUAUCCCGUUCCAGAAAAUUGCGAGGUGGAGAAACUUCACGGUAAGUAUGAGCUUGGAACUCUCAUUGUUACCAUGCCAAAGAAGCCCUUUGCUGUUUCACAAGUUUCUCCCAAAUCACCUCACCAAAUACCUCCAAUUCCACCACUUAGUUCUUCUGAGAAACCUGUGCUUGAUCUAUCAAAGCCUAAAGAAGUAGCCAUGCCUCCAAAAUCUCCACUCCCUAGAAUGGAACUAAGAGAAAAACCUAUUGGAGAUAAGUCACCAAGGCCUAAAAAUGUUCAAGAGGAAACCAUGUUGAAACCCACACCAAUUUUUGCUUCAACCCCAUUAAAGGAAAUAGGUAAAUCUCAAAAAGGUCAAGGGGAAAUUGAGCCAAAAUCCACCUCAGCAAUAAGGGGUCAUGACAGAAAAAUACAAGAUAAAAAUGUGGUGGAAAAUAAGCAAAAUGACAUUGCAACAUAUAUAGAAAAAGUGAAGAAGAGAAUACAUGAAAAGGAAGAUGAAGCAGAUCGGAAUAACCCUAAUGAGAGAAUGAAGUCAGGUCAGAGAUACAUUAAUCACGAUGAGGUUUGGAAAGGAGCAGAGAUAUUGAAGACAAGACCAAAGGAAGGUGAAGGGUCCACUGCUACAAAAGAAAAGGGAAAAGAAAGCACCCACAGAAGCAUCGACAAAGGAAAGAGAAAAGAGGAGGAGGUGUACACAAUAGAGAAGGGAAUAAAAGAAGUGGUUGCUUCAGCUUCAGAGAUAGUGACUAAAAUUGGAGAAGGAAACUUGAAUGAUGAAGAAAAGCCUUUGGUUGCAAACAUGGGUGCUGCAAUUCUUGUGAUUAUGGCAUUGGGAGCUUACGUGACUUACAAGUUUACCUCUUCUAGCAGAGCAUGA